AUGGCGGCAGCUGCAGAGUUUCAGCCGGAGGCAUGGGAGGCCCGCAGGGAGGAUGAUGACGAGUUCAUGCCUCGACACUGGGAGGCUGGCGCCCCUCCAGCUGUGCUCCUUCCCCACCAGGGCCCGCUAGCAGGACCUCAAGAUGAUGAGUUUGUGCCGGCUGUCUGGCAGGGCCAGUCUCUCACCCAGCAUCCUCCGCCUCUGCUGGGGCCCAGCAGAGCGAGAGGAGGGAAGCGCAAGGUGGCAAGCCUGGACGAGUCAUGCUGGUGUCCAGGCCAGCCAGGAGCUCCCCAGGCAGGGCCUGAGAGGGCAAGUCCUGAGCAUGGGAAUUCUUAUCAACGCAAUGGCUGCAAUCCUGAUCGCAUCAGAGAAGUCCUCAGCCACCCACAAGCCCAGUGCAGAUGCCGCCGCCUAUGCCACACUCGGCUGAGUCAGCGCCGCAUCUUGGCGGUUUGCAGGGCUUUCUGGCAAAUGUCAGAUGCAGAACGGGCCCACAUGCUUAGAGCAGUUUACUUCGCUGCGGCUGGCCCAGACCCCGCAGGCAGGGCUGGGAGUGAGGAAUCUGAGAGCCAUGAAUCGCGCUGCAAGCGGCAGUGGCAACUGUGUGGCCAGCAGGUGUGCCUGUCCAAUUUCGCUUGCAUAUUGGGCACUUCGCAGUCUUCGAUCUGGAAGCAAAUCUACGGACAGCCAGACAGACGCGCUGGCAGCCUGUCAGCCCGGUUCACCCAAGCAACUGCAGCUAGCAUGGCGGUGGACUGGUGGCUGUGGGAGCUGUACAACAGCGCUGCAGAGCCAUUGCCAGAUCACCCAAAGCCAAAGAAGGCGGUCAAGACCAGCUCUGCCUCUCACUUCUGGAUGGACGAGCCUUGGCUGCGUCCUGGAGACAGAGUGGCAAGCGAGGUGGCCAGCGAGGGGAGCUCGGACGAGUUCCAGCCUGAAGAUCUUGGCAUUGGGUGGGUCCACCCACCCUAUGAAGGCAUCCUUGCGCCUGGCAAUGGGAAUGCUGGGGACCACGCAAGCUGCGCCGAGCAUGGGGACGGUGGGGACCAAACCAGCCUGAAGUGGAGCCCUGACCAUCCUGUAGUUGACCAGCUUUCAGCAUGGACGGUGGCCUCCCAGCGCCCCUCCAUCGGCCUCCCAGUGAGAUACUUGCAGCACACGACGUUGCACAGCUUGUACUGGCUUUUCACAGCGAGCUGGGACACCAUCAAAGAGCACCUGCCAUCAGGCGCCACCAAGCAAGCCAAAGACGGCCCCCCUUCCUAUCGCACAUUCUGCGCACGGUGGAAGUGCUGGAGGCGGUACAUCCGCAUCAGGAAGAGGAGCCAGCAUGCACAGUGCACCAUUUGCUGGGACCUCCACACCUGCUGA